AUGGGCCGCCCUUCAGCGGCACCGCAGCAGCGUUUGGGAUUGCAAAAAUCGUCCUCAAAGGCGCCUAUAAUGAAGGAGAAGGACAGGAUCAAUCGGAUUGCUGAGGCUAAAGCAAAAUAUUCGCAACUGUCGCGAACUUUUGCCAGCAGCCGCGCGGGCACUUCUACAUCUGGAAUGAGGCCGAGCAGCCAUACUGGUACGACUGCAACAAACGGAAAACCUUCAAUUGUCGCGCGAGUGAAUAUUUCGAUGGCCACCUCUCAAGUGAAACGUCCCGCUACCGCUUCUUCAGAAACGCGCAUAUCAAUGGUCGCCGAAGCGCGUAAAAAUGCAUCGGUUACUUCACGGAUCAAGCCACCAUCCAGCUCAGUCCUAAAUCGCACUGCUCCAUCGAGCUUUACUCGCACCAAGCAAGAAGACUUUGUGCCUUGUGCCACAAGCCUCGCCUUGAUCCGCAAUAACAAGCCAUUGCCUUCAUCAGCAGGACGGCCCAGCUUCUUUGGCUCCUCGAGCAUGGGGCGUCCUUCCCUCGUACCACGGCCAAGUAUGCUUCCCUUUGGUAUCAACCCAUUUGCCAAGGAUUGCACAGAUACCGAAAAGAAAACCUUCAAGGACUUCAUGUUCAAAAAGACGCCCAAGACUUCGAAUCAAACGCUAACGUCCAUAAGCGAAGGGGCUGCUACACCGCAACGGGUUGUUAGCACUGAAGACGCAGAUGAUACUGAGAUUGAGAACCAGCCGAACUCAUCCCAGACAGUUUCAUCGAUCAGAAAACCGCACGUAUCGCCCGACAGCAGUCGGCCGGUAAAAACGACGCCAUUGGAUGAUGUCGGUUCUUCGAAGGCCCCUCAAACACCAAAUCUGCGGAGAAGCAGGAGAUUAUCCGCUGUACUAUCUACACCAUUACGGAAGGAAGAGAUACCGCAGAAUAAUUCAAGGCCGGAGCCAAGCCCCAGCUCUGCUUCAUCUAUGUCUGUACAAACGCCGUCAAACCGAAUGCGUGUCAAAGUGUCUAAAACUAUCGCGGAAGAAGACUUUGUGCCUUGUGCUGCUAGUCUGGAUUUGAUUCGAAAUAAUCGACCGGCGCCGAUUAAUUUUGGACGACCAAGCUAUUUCGGCACAGGAUAUGGGAGACCUUCCAUGCUGCCUCGCCCGAGCCUUCUGCCAUCUGGAAUCAAUCCGUUCUCCGAGCCGAUGGAACAGGAAGUAUUCGAUGCCUACGUACAAGAAAUAGCACCAAAGACCCCAAGUCGGACGGCGCACCAACAUCAGCGUGUCCGCUUUCAAGAGGCUCUACGCGAAGAAGACGAUGCACUGCCAGCACCAAAGGAUAGCAAGGCUCAUCAAUCUGUUACGCGGUCAAUCCUAAAGCCACGCACCACUCCUUUUCGACGGAACGAAUUGGUCGAGAACGAGGAAAACAACGAUACAUUUUCGGAUUCGAAGGAUGAAAACUUGUUUGGACAAACUCCACGCCUACGCAGAAGCAAGCGACAAGCCGCGUUGCCGUCUAGCAAGAGC